CGCCCUGAUAGGAGCUUCGAGAAGCAUAUCAUCAAACUGCAUUCCCCCAUUGCUCUUCAUUUUCGGCUUUCACCUGCUCUUCUUGCCUUCUUGGCCAGGCUAGGAUUUGUGGACAGCCCAUCCGGUUCAUCAGGUAGAGCAGCACAAUAUGGACUCCCCUGCUGUUACUGUGCCGCUGGAUCCCCAGGAACAGCCAAUCCUGGAUCAGUUGUUGCUCAUCCGGGAUGCUUUACUUCUCCUAAAACAGGACAAAUCCACCUAUAUCAAGUCCCAAGAUGUUCUCCCCUAUUAUGAUAGAGUCAUUGAGCAAGUCCAGCUGCUGAACAGUAUCCGUUCAGGUAGAGGGGAGAGUAAAGAACAUAAUAGAGUGGAUAAUGUCUUGGAUGACUGCUUUCAACUUAUUUCUCUUUUGUUUCUCACUGUCGGCAGGAAUAAUGAAGCUCCUGCAACCUAUUCAAUGGCUUCAACAAUUAAGCGGCUGCUCGAUCAUCUUAAAGAGGCUGCUUUCUACAGCCAAAAGGAUCUCGAUUCCAUAGCAAAAACUCUCAGAAAAAUGGGAGAAACUGUGGAGAGGGGUAAAGAAACAUACUCUCCACAACUUGUCGCGCUUCUGCGGACUCGAUUGGAUAAUUGCGAGAAACAGUUGGCAGAAUUACAACAUGAACUUUGCUUCCUCUCCGCUCAAUUGGCUCCCACGCAUGAAACUCUUGUUUCAAUAUUAAGAUCUACCGCUGCUGCUAAUACGCGGUCCAAUUUUUCGUCAUCCGAGGUUAUAGGCUUCAAAGAAAGAUUGAACGAAAUUAAGGCAGGUAUGAAAGAUGGAAACUUUCUCGCAUCUGAUGGGUCUAUCCCUGAAGGCCAGGAGAUUGUAAAAACCCUUUUGGACAGAUGUUUAAAAUGGGUGGAUAUUGUAUUGGAUCGGCAAGGAAAGAUUGAUGAACGCUUCAAAGAUCAGUACGAUAAGCUAGUAGAGAUUAGGAACCAACUUGACCGGCUUGCGAUGACCCAAGCAUGGUCCUUAAGAGAAACUGAUCUUUAUAUGUUCCAGAGAAAACUCAAUCACAUAGACGAGUGUCGUGUCAACGGCAAUUUUUUGGAUGUAUCUGGCCAACCAGCCGAUCUUCAUGCGCAAAGGACUUUACUUUAUCUGAUUCGACGAAGCUAUGCGUUGAUAUACGGCCUUCUUAUUUCUUCUGAACCAGUAUCAGAAGCGCUCCUACCGAUAUAUAACCAGCUCCAGACCCUUAGGAAAUGCCUCAUGGAAGUCAAAGAAUCUGGCGGAGUUUCUAACUCGAGAGAACUAUACCCAUAUAGCAUGAAGCUAAAUUCAAUUGAUAACAUGCGGGUGGAUGGCAAAUUUUACAUAGGAUCUGACCUUCCAGAAGGUCAAGGCAGCGUUAACGAACUACUCGCCCAAUGUUACGAUCUCUGUUAUGAAUUACGGGCUGCAGCUGAAGAAGAGAACUCGGCGAAGCCGAACGACUUAUCAUAAUCUAACACUCGAAGGGAUGCUACCUUUAGGAUUAAUUUGAAAGCAGCUAUCUUCUGGCCUCGAGUAUUUUUGUCUCGG